AUGCUGGCGAUUCCAAGUUCACGGGAUACUUUCUCGACAUGGGAUAAUAGACGAUUUUUCUCCGUCAUUUCCGAUCGUGAUGCUGGCGAUUCCAAGUCCGCGGGUAAAUCUUCACUAAAGCUGAAGCAACCAGGAUUCCAAGACCUCGGACAGGAAGAG